AUGCGAUCGAUGCCCAGCUCGCGGGAGUGUCCUGGUACCCGUACUGAUUACACCGACUCCGCCGUGUCCAGUCAGACCCUCGAGACGAGUAGCUGCUUCCUGGUCACCGAAUCCGAAAUGGACCUUGAAUUGGAGACGGGCAGUAUAAUGCCCCGUGGGCGAUCGGCCAUGAAAAGUGAACCUGCUGCGCAAAGAGAUGUCACACCGUCGCCUGUGCCAUCAUCGCCAGUGGUCGACUCGGCAAGAGAUACAGUGGCCGAAUGCUCGGUUCCAAAUACGCCACCCAUGUUUGGACUGUCGCGGCCGGAGUCAUCAUUGUCUUUUAUAUCAUCACCCCGAGAUCUCUCCAGCUCCUCGUCCGCCAUCGACCGCGACGGCUCCAUCGAAAACGCCAUCAUUACACAACAGCACAUAGAAGCGUACCGAGACUUGCCUCCGAGCAGUGCAGGGAGUCCUGUACCACAGUUUAUAAUGCCAAACUUGCAUAUUCCGCGUCGUCGUCCCUUUACCGAUGUUGGGCGGUCGCUGGGCAAGUUGCGACUGCUUGUCUUGGGAUCUCCAGGCACUGGCAAAACUUCUAUAAUUCGCUCAAUAUCCCAAUGCUGUGAGCAUAUCGUGCAUAUCGACGCCGUGAAUACACACUUCAACGGCCCGGUACUGGAAAUUCAUGCCAGCACGCGCCCGUACCAAUGGUGGCGAACAGAGAACUCACCUGAGACGCUUAAACGGCGGAGGUCCUCCACUUCAGUUGAAGAGAUUCUGGAUAGAAACCUUUGCUUUUUGGAUUUUACACCACAAGGCCCCUCGAGUACACAUCAUGCUGUCGAUUUUUUGGAGUCGACCUUGAGUCCGUUAUUGGAAAAGCGCAUGGCCGAUGCCGACUUGGUUUCGCUGCUGAGCAACGGCAAUGAGCCGAUAGUGGAUGCAGUGUUAUACAUGCUCCCAUCAACUGGCCUCACGGAAGCGGACGCACACGCCUUGUCUCGCCUCCAGGGUGUUACAAAUAUCAUCCCGCUGCUUGCUCGCUCUGACGAGCUUGACGAGUCAGCCAUCGAAGAUUGCAAGCAGGAUUUGCGAAACGAAAUAGACGGCAGAGGCAUUGAUGUUUUCUCCUUUGCUCCCUUGGAUGAAAGCGAUGAGCGCACUGGCAUCUUUGCCGUAUCCAAUGCCACUCAAACAGACUGUGAUGUGAUGGAUGCAAGUAUCCUCAUGAGCUCUGCAUACAUUGAACCGUUGCAGUCAACCGAUCUUGGAGCCCUUGUUGAGAGCAUCUUUUCCCUGGAGGGUGCCUCGCGGCUCAGGCACUCCGCAGCCGUCAAGGCUGUCAAGUGGGCGCAUGAGCUGCAUCGACACAACCCUUCCAACUGGGCUCUGACACGACGCCCUUUCAACUCUGGCGGCUCAACCGUCACAAUAGACCCCUUCUUCCAAAUGAGAGACUGGCGCCGGCUGGAGGUUUCCAGCUGGGCGCAGAGUCUACGGCAGAGCUUGGACUCUGAGCGCAUCAUGAGCGCCACGGCCUCCAACCAGCUCAUCGCGCGAGCUACGGGGACCGUGACGUGCCGCCGUGGCCGCCGUGGGAGCAGCCGCAAACGACGCUAUGCGCACCACACCUACGACCAAGAUCCUCUGGGAUUGGUCAGACUUGUCGCGCAGGUCAAGAACACUGGUGCAUUUGCUGUUGAGCUUAUUGGUGGCAUCGGUGUUGUUGGGUAUCUUGCACUCUGCCUAAUGAAGCCUGAUUUCGCGGACCGAAAUAUUCGACUCUUUUCGCCAUCAUUCUUCGCAGUUUAG